UCAACGUUCACGACUACUCAUCGAGAGUUUCGGCACACCGCCCUAUGGCUGAGUACUCCCUUGGACAUUGCCUCUGCUACGCGUUCUACGCCCCUCUUUACCUGGCCGGGCCUACCGUAACAUUCAAUGCCUUUGUAUCUCACAUGGCUUGCCCACAGAAGUCCUACGGCCGAUCGCGCAUGCUGUUUUACCUCGCGCGGUUUGUUUUCGCGCUGUUACUGUUGGAGUGGAGUGUCCACAACCUUCCGGUCUUCGCGCUUGCCCGCUCAGGUUCCCUCAACUUCAGCCCUACGAUUUUAGGGCUGUUUGCUUACACCAUCUUACUCAUCAUGUGGCUCAAGUUCCUUGUCAUAUGGAGGCUUUUCCGGUUCUGGGCCCUCUGUGACGGGGUCGAGCCUCCGGAGAACAUGCAGAGGUGCAUGACCAACAACUACUCGGUGGUGGGCUUCUGGAAAGGAUGGCACUGCAGCUUCAACAGGUGGCUAGUCCGCUACAUUUUCAUUCCCUUGGGGGGCUCCAAACCAGGAAGGCGGUGGAACGUGUUCGUUGUGUUCGUUUUUGUCGCCUUCUGGCACGACGUGGAGCCCAAGCUGUUUUUGUGGGGCCUGUUGAAUGGCGUCUUCCUUGUGCUGGAGACGAUGAUCAAGGGCCUGUAUCGAAACAGCACCGCGCUCGAGACCUGGCGAGCCAACCCGCUGAGCAACAGGAAAAAAAUCGAAAAAGCGUCCUCGGAUCUUGCUGAUGGAAAAUCGACCAACCAAUGAAAUUGCACGGAACCGUCGGAACCUCCCGAAAAGACCCUCUGACGCACACGCGCGAGGGCGCGACUCGCCUGUGUGCUUUGCGCCCUGCUAUGGGGCACAGCACAACACCAUUGCGCGGUCCCACUCUAGAACACAUGCCUCAUGACACACGCGAGCAGCAGCCGGGCGGUGAAGCCACGCAGACACCUGCCGCCGCCGCUGCUGCUGCUGAAAAAAACAGCAGCAGCAGCAGCAGCAGCGGCGGCGGCGGCGGUAGCGAGGUUGAGCCUGGCUCUCUUCCACAAUUUUCUUACUCUUGACCAACUCCCCCUUCGUUUCCUCCAGCAUUCUCUCUACGACGGUGAGGCUGCCGCGUUCGAUAGCGCGCCGCGUGUUAUCUUCUGCUGACGCGGCAACCAUACACUGCCCCGUCCUCUCUUUAAACUUCGUUUUGUUUUGAUUCAGCUUUCGCGCAGCGCGCCUCCUGCUGCCGAACGGCGCGGACCUCGAUUUUUUUUUUGGGAGGGUCUGCUGGUGUGGGCGCUGCAGCCCCACUGGAGGGGCCGUUUUCAGACAUGUAGAUCUCGUGGUUGGCUGAUGCGAUUCGGAUGCGGUUUGUUGUGUGGUAUAGCUGUAAACCCAAGGUAGAGGGCUGUAAGCUCGCUUUUUCGAGAGGAGCAAAGGUCGCCUUGGGCGUGGAGCAAAGAGCCCAAAAAAACAUGUUUUUUUGGUGUUGCUCGUCCGCCCUUUAACUUCAAGAGAAUCCAAUCCUACAGUCACCUCUAUUGGACCUGUGUCCAGGGGUGUGUAACGCAUGAAGAGCCAUGCUGCUGUGUGGACGCAGAGCUACCUGUACAAACAAAUUCACUUGAU